AUGCCUAGAUCCUAUGAUACUUUAUGGGAUCUUGCUGUGGCUGAAGUAGAGAAGAGAGAAAACCCUGAUGACACUGGCAAGCACGUGGAAGUUUUGGAAAAAUCAGUAUUAUUUAUGGGAAACAAAAACGGGGGAAAGACCACUAUUAUGCUGAGGUGUCUGGAGAGGGAAGAGAGUCCAAAGCCAACAUUAGCCCUGGAAUAUACUUUUGGAAGAAGGGCAAAGAGACACAAUACACCUAAAGAUGUAGCUCAUUUUUGGGAACUAGGUGGUGGAACCUCAUUAAUGGAACUGAUUCGAAUACCAAUCACUAGCAACAAUGUAAGGUCAUUUUCUGUAGUUCUUGUAUUGGAUUUGUCCAAACCUAAUGAACUCUGGACUACUAUGGAGAAACUUCUGCAGGUCACCAGGAACCAUGUGAACAAAAUUUUGACCAAACUAGAAAAGACAAAUCCUAAAGUAGCUACUGAAAUGAAACAGAGGAUGCAAAACAAUCUGCAGAAGGAUCAUCCGGAUUAUGAGUUAGUUGACCCUUUUCCAAUACCUUUGGUGAUAAUUGGAAGCAAAUAUGAUGUUUUUCAUGAGUUUGACUCUGAAAUGAGGAAAAUAAUAAGCAAGACACUUCGAUUUAUUUCACAUUAUUAUGGAGCAUCAUUAGUGUUUACCAGUAAAUCUGAGGCUCUCCUGAUGAAAGCUCGUGUUCUUAUUAAUCACUUGGCCUUUGGCUAUGAUAAAAGCAAGUCUGUAUCAGUGGAUCACAGCAAACCUCUGUUUAUACCAGCAGGCCUGGAUUCCUUGAGCCAAAUAGGACCACCGCCUGCCUCUGAUCCUGACAUUGGGAAGCUGCGUGCAAACACACCACUGGAACUGUGGAAGAAAGUGUUUGAGAAAACAUUUCCUCCCAAGAGUCUCUGCGAUUUGCAGGAUACCAAGGACCCUGCACAGGAUUCGCAAUAUGCUGAAUAUGAAGUUGAUGUCAUGAGAGCUCAGAAAAAGCAGGAACUUGAACAAUAUAAAAGAAAUGCCUCUAAAUCCUGGAAGGAAAUGGAUUUUGACCCUGAUUGA